AUGGGGAAAAGAAGCGGCGAAGCCGUGAGGUGGUAUCUGACACAUUGGAACGAUGAGGUCUUGAGCGAGGCUGAUAUGAUCCGAAACCAAACGAUCCCCAACGCUCUGAAUGCCAUCUUUGGCUGGCGACUGGAUCCUCAGCUGACCGUGAACACAAGAUAUUAUAAGUGGGUUGCGGAAUUUCUUCCAAGACAACUAUGGAAUAUUGGUGACAUCCGAUCGAAUAACGUCCACAUCGAGUGCAGUUUAUCCUUUCUUCAUGAAAAGCAUGAUGGCCAAACAUCGGAAACAUCGGGAGGACAAAAGCAGUACUGGAGCGAUCUUCAUAGCGCGUGGACACAGGCAUCGCCAGACGCUUGCAGUGGAGAUAUCGACGCUACCAUUCUCAAUUUUCAAACUGCUCCGAAGGAUGUUGUUGUGCUUUGUCCGAAUUCCAUGAAAGGCAUGAAAAGGACACAAACAACAAUGCAACAAUGGAAAGAUGAUCUCACGCGGGGAUUUGACUACACGUUGAAUCUCUACGCUAGGAGCUUGAGCACUAUUCUCUUUCAGGAGUUAAGUCGCACCACUAGAGGUGGCAAAGCUCAAGUUCGAAAGUACCAUACCACCAAUGGUGUAGAACAGGCUGCUUAUGGCUGGGUUGGUGUGCAGCAAUUAGCACUACAGUCGCCAGACCUUACCUUCUCUAAUGCGGAAAGUCUGAUGUUUUUUGCAUUAGUGAUGUAUCUUGACUCACUUGGGUUUGUGUUUGAUUUUACUAAAGGCACCAUGCAAGUCCCAGAGCCCGAUUCUUUCACUGACUGCACUAUUAUGUGA